GAGACUCACAACCACAGAGGGACGUUCUUAUCCGACCACGAGGAAGAACAACGUAGAGGAGUUUCUGUUCGUCAUGAGAAUCAUGGCCACGUGACCACAACCUCUGAGCAUGAGAGGGAAAGAAUAUUUGGAGGUAAUGCUAUGCCCUAUAGAUGCAGCGUUGUAGAAAGUAGAAGCCCUUUCCCGAAGCCCGACAAGUCCACUCGAGUCGAAAAGAUCCCCUUUCAUGGAGUUAGUUUCUAAUGUGCUUGAUGAACAUGAGACUCGUGGCCACAAGGGCACUUUCUCACCAGACCGCGAUGACCAGGGUGAGGCUCCCAAAGAAAUCCAACUUGAAAGUGAAGCUAUGACUUUUCAAAGUACAAGUAAAGUAGUGACCGUAGCAGCCUCUUCUCUUUGAAAAAGAGAAGCAGGAACUCAUCCUCAGUGACGAUGAGCGUGAAAUUGAGAAGAAAUCUCCGUAUCGUCUUUGCGGUCUUUCACACACUUGAGGAAUACGGGACUCACGGCCACAGAGGCAUUUUCUCAUCUGGACGUGCAGAAGACCAACAUAAAAGGGCUUCCCUUCCUCGUGAGAAUCAUAGUCUGAGGUCAACAACCUCAUUUGAACGUGAGCAGGAAAGAAGAGAUGAAGGUAUUGCCCUCUCUCUCGCUCCAAGAGACGAAGGGUUGUAAGAGAGCAAAAGCAUUUUCCUUCAACUUUCAACUAAGUCUUCACUCUUCGUAGCAUUGCUGGCGAAUGUUCUUGAGAAACAUGAGACUCACAGCCACGGAAUUGCUCUCUCAUUUAAGCAUGAGAAGGAUGGAGCGGGCAGAGACAAAGAAAGUAAAGGUAGCACUGGAAUAUGUAAAACGGUCGUAGUCGGAGUAGAAGUCAGCUGGAACUAUGAAAGUUGCAUUCCUUCUUUUGCUCGUCAAAGCAAGACCUUUGAUUUCCCAUAUGCACGGGGAACAUGAGACUCGUGGGCAAAACGGUAUUUUCUCAGACGAUGAAGUUGAAGAAGGAGGCAGCCAAAUGAGAGUAUUCCACCAGACUGAAAAACACGGGCAUGAGACUCAUGGCCACAGUGGCUUCUCAUCUGUGCAUGAGAAUGAAGCGGAAGUUUCCCAAAGGUCUGUGGGGUAUGCACAUGAGAGUCAUGGCCGUGUCCCAUCUAAGCAUGAGAGUGCCAGACAGGAUGAGGAAGAAGAGAGUCAAAUGAGAGUUUCCCACAGGUCUGAAAGACACGGGCAUGAGACUCAUGAACAAAGUGUUUCCUCAUCUGAGCAUGAGAGCAACAGAGCAGUUUCCCGCGGGUUUGAGGGACAUGGACAUGAGAGUCAUGGACAUGGUACUCUCUCAUCUGUGCAUGGAAGUCACAGGAAAGUUUCCCAUAAGUCUGAGAGGCACGGCUAUGCUCAUUUCUCAUCUGAGCAUGAGGGCAACAGGGAAGUCUCCUUCGGGUCUGAAGGACACGGGCAUGAGAUGCAUGGACAAAUUGGUCAUUUCUCAUUAAAAUAUGACGACGGGAGACAUGGUGAGGAAGAAGACCACCAAAGUCAAAUGAGAGUUCCCUAUAGGUCUGAGGGGCAUACACAUGAGACUCAUAGCCACAAUGGUCAUUUCUCAUCUCAGCAUGAGAACGCCAGACACGAGGUUGCCCACGAUUCUGAGACACACGGACAUGGCGCUCAUCGUCAGAAUGACGAUUUGUCAUCCGAGCAUGAGAAUGGCAGACACGAGGUUGCCCACGAUUUUGAGACACACGGACAUGGCGCUCAUCGUCAGAAUGACGAUUUGUCAUCCGAGCAUGAGAACGGCAGACACGAGGUUGCCCACGAUUUUGAGACACACGGACAUGGCGCUCAUCGUCAGAAUGACGAUUUGUCAUCCGAGCAUGAGAACGGCAGACACGAGGUUGCCCACGAUUCUGAGACACACGGACAUGGCGCUCAUCGUCAGAAUGACGAUUUGUCAUCCGAGCAUGAGAACGGCAGACACGAGGUUGCCCACGAUUUUGAGACACACGGACAUGGCGCUCAUCGUCAGACUGACGAUUUGUCAUCCGAGCAUGAGAAUGACAAGAAAGUUCCCCACAAUUCUGAGCGGAAGGGCCACGAGACUCAUAGCCACAGUGGUCAUUUCUCAAGUGCGCACGAGAAUGGCAGAAACGUUCCCCGCAAUUCUGACACAGACGCUCACGUGAGUAACGGACACGAUCGCCACUUCUCGUCUGAGCAUGAGAAUGGCAGAUACGGUGAAGAAGACGACAGUCAAAUGAGAGCUCAUCGCGGCGAGGAGGAAGGAGGCGGUCACGAAUCGCCCGACUCCUCCGAUGAAGACGGAGAGGAGGAGGAAGAAGAGGAGGGGAGGAGGGAGAAAACGCGCAAAGGGCUCCCGAAACUCUUGAUGUCGGGCCAGCCCGGGGCGGCGCAUUUGUUCGGAAUCGUAUACGAUCAUUUCAAAGCUCCCCCCUCCGCCGGAUCUUCCAUCCCCUCCGUGCAUCCCGUCUUUGCGGCUUCCGUGCACGAUCAAGACUGUGAAUGCUACGGCCACUCCAACCGCUGCAGCUACCUCGAGUUCCUGAAAAUUGUCACCUGCGUCAGCUGCAAGCACAACACCAGGGGCCAGAACUGCCAACACUGCAGACUGGGAUACUUCCGCAACGCCUCUGCUGAGCUGGACGACGAGAGCGUCUGCAUCGAGUGCAACUGCAACCAGAUGGGUUCCCUCCACGACCGCUGCAACGGGACGGGCUUCUGCCAGUGCAAAGACGGCGCCGCGGGGCCCAAGUGCGACGAGUGCCUGCCGGGCCACCACUGGAAACAAGGAUGCUACCCCAACGUUUGCGACGACGAGAUGCUUCUGUGCCAGAACGGCGGGACGUGCCACCAGAACCAGAAGUGCGCCUGCGCCCCCGAGUUCAAGGGGGUGCUGUGCCAACAGGCGCGCUGCGAGGCGGGCAAGGACUGCAACGGCGCCGCCGCGCGGCGGCCCUCGGCUGCCGCCCUGCUGCUCUGCGCGCUCUUCGGAGGCCUGCUGGCCGCGCCCCCGCCCCGCUGAACCGCCACCCCACCAGCCAGGACUGCCGAUGCGCCGCUCCCCAAAAGUUUGGGCCCUUUGGCUCGGGGGGGACGUUUCAACAAUAACCUAAAAUGCACUAUUAGCCCCUACGCGAUGAAUUUGUUUGACUAAAAGCAGCUUGAGAUGCUUCAAAGCAAAAGCAAACGACUUCAAUCAUCCUCAACGAGCCACGAGCAGUAUGGUAUAAAAAAAUAAUAAUAAUGGAAAAAAAAAAAAUGAGCUGACUGAGCAGCGUAAAAGAUAGAAAACAACACCUGAGCCUCGUUAUUAACAAGUGAAAAAAUAAGCAAUCUGCUUUGACCUUCGGGGCUGACCGGCUCCUUCUGCACCAUUUCAACAAAACAGGCUUACUCAAACCUAGCUAAUAAAUGUCACCCGUUAUUGUCAAAAAAUUUAGACAUAAUUAUGUGUAAAACAUCCAAAUCUUGAGGCGACAAAACGCCGCACACCUCCCGCAAAGUCCAGAGGAGGAAGAGGCAAACUUUUUACGACAAUUCACACACAGUUGAUUAGUUUGAAAGACAUUUUCAAACAUUUAAAACGGUUAAAAGUGACCAAAAAUAAAAGAUGAUGCGGGGGACGGACCAAUCUUAUUUAUUCGUGGGAAAAUAUGAAAUUGACCGUGAUUGGACAUACGAUCUGUCAAAAUAAAAAAAGAAAAAUUCCCAAAAAUUGAUCAAAUGCAGAAAAUGUCAAGAAAAUAUUUCAAUAAUAUAUCUAUAUAAUAUAUAUUAUAUGAAAGCUACAAUAAGCAAGAAGUACAAAUUGUUUAAAAAAAAAAAAAAAAGAAACUAAUAAAGUUGAAUGAUUUAUUCUUAUCCAAACUUUAGUGAAGAAAAUAUAAAUACCAAACAUUUAAUUUUCAAUUUAUUCUAUUCUUGUUCAAUACUACCCCCCCCCCCCCCCCCCCCCCCCCCCCA